AUGACUACCCCAAGCGAGAAUGAUCGAGCUCUUCAGGCAGUGAAUAAUUUGGAACAGUAUCUUAUUCAAGUCAAGAGCACGAUCAUCGAUUUGAUUGUAAUGUUGGAGAUGCAGGAUCGCGUGCCAUAUCCGGAACUUCUCGAUCAGUUCGCUUCAUUAGCAGGGUCAUUCACUGAAAUUCAAAACGCUAUGAGGAAAGGAGCAUUACCGUCGGCACCAGAGGAUGGAGGAUUACUUCUAAAAAAUAAUGUGCUAGUCCCUACUAUUGUUUCUAUGGAGGAGGACAAGAAUUUAGAGGUAAUCUUUACCAAUAUAAAUAUUUUAUUUUUUAAGACAAUUACAGAAGGCCGAAUAAGGACGUGGAGUCAUGAUGUCGUCCCAGAUUAUAUGAGGACAAAACUUUGCCCUGCGGCCGAAGAGGAAGAGACCAGACUGGAUAAUGAAAGACAGCAGAAAGCGACUGAUUCUAUUGCCAAGCAAGUAAGCACUGCUGGUGGUAUUUUAUUGUUUUCUAGAUUCAAGCUAUGAACAAGCACAUCGACUCAAUAGUUAGUUUGAAUGGGGAUAUUAUACACAAGACGUCAGAUAAAGGAAAAGAAGCCAUCGCCUUCGAUGCCAAUGAUACCAAAAAACUUGUACGAGCUAUUAUGAAAGGAGAAGGACUGAAGCCGAAGGCUCCCGCGAUGCAUCCAAUGGGACAAAUGCCCCCGAGUGUUGUUAAGAAAUAA